CGCCCGCUCGCCGCCUUCCUCCCUCUGCCUUCCUUCCCCACGGCCGGCCGCCUCCUCGCCCGCCCUCCCGCAGCCCAGGAGCCGAGGCCGCCGCGGCCGUGGCGGCGGAGCCCUCAGCCAUGGCCUCGGGCGACACCCUCUACAUUGCCACGGACGGCUCGGAGAUGCCGGCCGAAAUCGUGGAACUGCACGAGAUCGAGGUGGAGACCAUCCCGGUGGAGACCAUCGAGACCACGGUGGUGGGCGAGGAGGAGGAGGACGACGAAGACGACGAGGACGGCGGCGGCGGCGACCACGGCGGCGGGGGCGGCCACGGGCACGCCGGCCACCACCACCACCACCACCACCACCACCCGCCGAUGAUCGCGCUGCAGCCGCUGGUCACAGACGACCCGAGCCAGGUGCACCACCACCAGGAGGUGAUCCUGGUGCAGACGCGCGAGGAGGUGGUGGGUGGCGACGACUCGGACGGGCUGCGCGCCGAGGACGGGUUCGAGGACCAGAUCCUCAUCCCGGUGCCCGCGCCGGCCGGCGGCGACGACGACUACAUCGAGCAGACGCUGGUCACCGUGGCGGCGGCCGGCAAGAGCGGCGGCGGGUCCUCGUCGGGCGGCGGCCGCGUCAAGAAGGGCGGCGGCAAGAAGAGUGGCAAGAAGAGUUACCUGGGCAGCGGGGCCGGCGCGGCGGGCGGCGGCGGCGCCGACCCGGGCAAUAAGAAGUGGGAGCAGAAGCAGGUGCAGAUCAAAACUCUGGAGGGCGAGUUCUCCGUCACCAUGUGGUCCUCAGAUGAAAAAAAAGAUAUUGACCAUGAAACAGUGGUUGAAGAGCAGAUCAUUGGCGAGAACUCACCUCCUGAUUAUUCUGAAUAUAUGACAGGCAAGAAACUCCCUCCUGGAGGGAUACCUGGCAUUGACCUCUCAGACCCUAAGCAACUGGCAGAAUUUGCUAGAAUGAAGCCAAGGAAAAUUAAAGAAGAUGAUGCUCCAAGAACAAUAGCUUGCCCUCAUAAAGGCUGCACAAAGAUGUUCAGGGAUAACUCUGCUAUGAGAAAGCAUCUGCACACCCACGGUCCCAGAGUCCACGUCUGUGCAGAAUGUGGCAAAGCGUUCGUUGAGAGCUCAAAGCUAAAACGACACCAGCUGGUUCAUACUGGAGAGAAGCCCUUUCAGUGCACAUUCGAAGGCUGUGGAAAGCGCUUUUCACUGGACUUCAAUUUGCGCACGCACGUGCGAAUCCAUACCGGAGACAGGCCCUAUGUGUGCCCCUUCGACGGUUGUAAUAAGAAGUUUGCUCAGUCAACUAACCUGAAAUCUCACAUCUUAACACACGCUAAAGCCAAAAACAACCAGUGAAAAGAAGAGAGAAGACCUUCUCGACCACGGGAAGCAUCUUCAGGAGUAUGAUUGGGAAUAAAUAUGCCUCUCCUUUGUAUAUUAUUUCUAGGAAGAAUUUUAAAAAUGAAUCCUACACACCUAAGGGACAUGUUUUGAUAAAGUAGUAAAAUUUAAAAAAAUACUUUAAUAAGAUGACAUUGCUAAGAUGCUCUAUCUUGCUCUGUAAUCUCGUUUCAAAAACAAGGUGUUUUUGUAAAGUGUGGUCCCAACAGGAGGACAGUUCAUGAACUUCGCAUCAAAAGACAAUUCUUUAUACAACAGUGCUAAAAAUGGGACUUCUUUUCACAUUCUUAUAAAUAUGAAGCUCACCUGUUGCUUACAAUUUUUUUAAUUUUGUAUUUUCCAAGUGUGCAUAUUGUACACUUUUUGGGGAUAUGCUUAGUAAUGCUGUGUGAUUUUUCUGGAGGUUGAUAACUUUGCUUGCGGUAGAUUUUCUUUAAAAGAAUGGGCAGUUACAUGCAUACUUCAAAAGUAUUUUCCUGUACAAAAAAAAGUUAUAUAGGUUUUGUUUGCUAUCUUAAUUUUGGUUGUAUUCUUUGAUGUUAACACAUUUUGUAUAAUUGUAUCGUAUAGCUGUAUUGAAUCAUGUAGUAUCAAAUAUUAGAUGUGAUUUAAUAGUGUUAAUCAAUUUAAACCCAUUUUAGUCACUUUUUUUUUCCAAAAAAUACUGCCAGAUGCUGAUGUUCAGUGUAAUUUCUUUGCCUGUUCAGUUACAGAAAGUGGUGCUCAGUUGUAGAAUGUAUUGUACCUUUUAACACCUGAUGUGUACAUCCCGUGUAACAGAAAGGGCAACAAUAAAAUAGCGAUCCUAAAGAAAGAUUAUGGCAGAAAGAGAUCUGUAAGCACAGCCUUAUUUUCUUCUGUUGUCCAGAAUACUUAUAAUUCUUGAGCCUCCCAGAAAUUGGAAGCUAAAUAAAGCAACUCGAGUUUCCUUUA